CUCCCUCUUUUCACGUGUUCUCCCUCCUUUUUUCUACUGGUUUUCACAUUUAUUUAGUAUUUUACAAUUAAUUAAAUAUAUACUAGCUAGCUAAUUAAAGAUAUUAUAAUGGAAGGAGAAAAAAAACAAGCAUCAUCAUCGUCGUCAUCUUCUUUUACUAAUGAGCUAUUUGGAUCAAAGGAAUCAUCUUCAUCUUCUUCUGGUCUUUUUCAUUCUAUUUUUCCACCUCCUUCAAAGGCUCAUGGGAAGGACUAUAUUAGUUCAGAAUUGACCAAGAAGGACCAAGAUUCUGCAUCUAGACGAGAAAAAAAAUUCCAUUCAGAUUAUUUGGAAAAGGAGGACAAGGAUAGGAACCGAAACAAGCAGAUGGAUAUGAGUUCAUUUUACGAGCAAGAAAGAACGCAACCAUGCCAUCUCAGCUCGUCGAUAUACUAUGGUGGUCAGGAUAUCUACAACAAUCCUGGUGCUACCAAAAAGACCCCAGCUGGCCAGCCAACAUUGUUGCAUCAGUACAGCAAAGAUGGAGAAGACGAUGGACGUGCUUCAAGAGGAAAUUGGUGGCAAGGGUCACUCUAUUACUGAUCGAAGACCAUUCAACCACCUAUAUACAUGGAAUAACUAUAAUUACCGUUAUUAGCUUAGGAAAUUUAAUUAGAGCCCGAGGAAAAAGAUAGCUGAUCGAAUAAGAGGGGAAAAAAUGUGCUUGUGUGUGUUUAUAUCAAGAUCUGUAGUUUUUUUUUUCUUUUUUCUUUAUGUAGAAUAAUGUAUCUUGAUCGAGUUUGUGUGACUUGAAACUUGGUGUUGCCUGUAAA